ACGGUCAACGUUGGACCUCCUGUCCUCAGUGCUGCGAACCGAGUGAUGCGAGCCUCCUCCGUCCGUCGAGGGGACAGCAGAAGAAGAUGAUGGCUCUCGCUUUCUCCCGUCCGCUCGGCCACCCGCCGUCACUGCCUCCGUUGCGAAGCUCGGCGUCAUCGGCUCGGCCCCGCGGACGGCUCGAGGCGCGGACCGGCGCUUCCCCAAGGCCCUUCGCCGUCCGGUGUUGCGCUUCUUCCGGUUCCGGCAAGAACCACCUGAGGACGUGCAAGAAUUGCAAGACCCAGUUCGACCCUUCCCUCAACCACCCCCGUGCCUGUCGCUUUCACACCGCCCACUUCGGAGGGGAAACAAAAAGGAAGUUUGAGAGUGUGUACAGUGGAGGAACCAUGGAUACACCAGACGCAGGCAAAGUUUUUCAAUAUUGGCACUGCUGUGGGUCUGAAGAUCCCUUUGACCCUGGGUGCACCGCUGCUCCUCAUACCUCAUAUGAUGACUAGUACACCUCUUUCAUUUAUUUUGUUCAAUUGAUUCUCGUUGGAUAUGCACCUACAGCCAAAUCCUUUCUUUAGCGAAUCGGGAUUAAAUGUACAAUUUGAUGGUGAAAUCAUUUGCCUUUCUUACUUUAGCUGUAACCCUUAUACUGAUCGAUGUCAAAACAAUCAGUUCUUCUGUUCUCUUGGGACCACUCUUGAUCAUUCAUCCAUCUUGAGGAAAUCUCGUCAUAUUUUGUUUAGUGAGAGAAUAUUCUUUCAGCUCAA